AUUGUACAGUUUGAUUUGGACUAUCAUUCCGUUGCUUAUCGUCAAAGUACUAGUGCAUUCCUUCUACGGAGUGAAAUUUCUUCAGACAAUUUGCUAUCACGAUCGAGAUGCCUAUUCUAAUAAAGGAUAUCUGAAUUAAGAGAUAACCGAAUCGAUACGAAUCGUAACGCAACAAUAUGACCAAGUAGGAAAUCGUGGGUAGUGAUUGGUGCAUGUGAAAGCAGUUUUGGCACGUGUCAACUAACGGAAAAUCAAGAUUGAAAUUUGUAGUGAUCUCUUCUUAUGCUAUGAAGGUGAACGAAACGAAUGAAAAGAAAUGCAUACGUGAAAAAUUGUAGCGCUGUUACCAAAUUGAAGCCAUGAUCGCUGCUGAAUUCCUUCGAAGAGAUUUGACAAAAAUACUGCAUGUUAAACGCUAAUUAGAUGAAAAAAGGGAAACAUUAAGAGGAUUUUUUUGCAAACGGUCGAGGUGCGAAAAUGCGCUACGGAUAAUUACUCUCAGAAAAAAAGUUUGUAAAAAGAAAAGAACGUUAAUCUUCUUACGUUAGUCGACUGUAGAUAACUAGUUAUCACUGUUCACACGAAUUAUUCACAAAACAUUGCUGACGAGUGAUUAUUAGACAUUAUACCUGUAACAAUACUCAGCACUUAAUCUGUAUAAGUCAUGUGAGUUUACAAUGUGGUAAAAAGUGUUAAGAUAAGAAAAAUUCGUAAAACUUAUGUCAUCCGCUAACACAAGGAGAACCUCCGGAAAUAAGAAAGGCUAACACAAACUGUAUUUGCGUUUGUCUCCGUGUUUAACGCGAAGCAGUACGCAUUCGUAUCACAGUUGAGUAUCUGCUGUGCAUACGGAUGAGAUAUAAAUAAUUCGCCCUAUUUACCAGUGCGUGGCUGUAUCUAUCAUUGUGCGCAUCUAGUUUUGUGCUACACAAGUAAAUUGUCGAUAAACGUAGGUUAGAACAGGUUACAAAAGCGUAAUUACCAUCAGACGGAUUGCGCAAAAUACCCGAGGUAACUUAGAACCAAUCAAACCGUAAAAUCCAGCACAAACUCACUUUCACGAACAUAAUGUGCAGUCAAACGAUCGAUGUUAAGUUUAGAGAUAUAUCGUACGCGAUCCAGACCGGAUUUCGCAGGCCGAAGAAACAGAUCCUCAAAGGCCUGAGCGGAUUCUUCCGAUCUACCGAACUUACGGCUAUCAUGGGACCGUCCGGUGCGGGCAAGUCGACGUUGCUGAACAUAUUGAGCGGCUUCCAAGAAGGGUUGUACACGGGAACGGUGGAGUACUUCAGCAGAGGCAAUAAGCAGAAUCGCGAUACUUUCAAAAAACAGCUGCGUUACAUUCAGCAGAUGGACAGUUUGCACGGCUACUUCACCACCCAGGAGAUCAUGAUGAUUGCGAGCUACCUGAAGAUCAGCAAGAGUAUCUCGCACAAGUCAAGGCAGAUGCUGAUCGACGGUAUCUUAAACACGUUGACGUUGUCACACACCAAGGAUACGCGAGUGGACCGGCUAAGCGGCGGCCAGAAAAAGAGACUGAGCAUCGCCUUGGAGCUUAUUGAUAAUCCAAUGCUCAUAUUCCUGGACGAGCCGACCACAGGCCUGGACUCUUUGGCGUCUGUCCAGUGCGUGACCGCAUUAAAAACACUGGCGCAAACUGGCAGAACGAUCAUCUGCACCAUACAUCAACCCAGCGCAACGCUUUAUGAGAUGUUCGAUCACAUCUAUCUGGUGGUGGACGGUCACUGCAUGUAUCGCUUCCCGCCUAGCGACACAGUUGACUUUUUCGCCCAGCAAGGUCUCGUGUGUCCCAAGUAUCACAACCCUGCGGACUACAUGCUGGAGGUGGUGUCCAAAGAGUACGGUAAUUACGACGAACAGUUGAUCGCGGCAACCAAGUGUUUCGCUGAAUCAAACGAUGAAACACGUUGGAUCAAGUCAUCACACGACAUGAGCCAGGACAUAUCCAACGACAAUCAGACGAUAACCCCGCCCACAGAGCUGAAUCGGUUCUGGGUGUUACUGUCGCGCUACGCAACCUUGAUGUAUCGUGACCACGUGACGAUACAUUUGAAACUGAUCAUGCACUUCCUCGUAGGGGUGCUGUUAGGACUGCUUUAUGAGCACGCCGGCGAUGAUGGUAAAAAGAUAUUCAGCAACCUCACUUAUUUUCAGGUGAGCUUAGUGUACUUAUAUUACACCACCAUGAUGCCGGCCGUACUCAAGUUUCCUUUGGAGGUUACCAUUCUGCGUAAAGAGUGUUUCAACAAUUGGUACAAACUGAAAACCUAUUAUACAGCCAUGCUAGUAUCCACAAUACCGAUACAAAUGGUUUCCACCUUUAUUUACACGUUCAUCUCCUACUUGCUGAGCAGUCAACCGCUCGAGUUCUCCCGCUUCUUCAUGUAUCUGCUCAUUUGCAUUUUAACCGUCUCCGUUUCCGAAAGUAUGGGCCUUUGGUUGGGCUCAAUAUUCAAUCCCGUCAACGGAACUUUCUUCGGAGCCAUUAUCGUGUGCAUCAUGAUAGGUUUCGCCGGCGUCUUGGCCUUAUUCAAGGACUUAUCCAAGUUUAUGUACUAUCUUAGUUACCUGAACACGUUUCGAUACUCCUUCGACGGUUUGGUUCAAAGUGUCUACGGCAAUGGUCGUGAGGUUUUACAAUGCUCGAUCAUCUACUGCCACUUGCGAGCGCCAAAUAUCAUACUGGAAAUGCUAGACUUAGCUAAACCGUUGUUUUGGCUCGAUGUUGUCGUUUUGAUUGGCUGCAGUAUCAUGUUUCGAGUUCUGGCUUAUGUAUUGCUAAAGAGACGACUAUCGAAAAUGUAUUAAAAAAUGAGUAUGUGAAGUAUAGCUGCGUUAUUACUAUUAAGGUCGUUGAUAUUAAAUUAAUCGAAAUGAAAAUUUUAAUUUGCGCGAUCGCAGAACUCACGUAGUGUGACACUCCACGGUUUUGACAAACAACGUGUUGUUUCUCGUACGACUCGUGCAAAGAACACGUAGCGAAACAGUGGCCGGCGCGUUGACAAUCGAAUCACGCAAUUUCGAUAUGGCUGUGAUAAUGUAAUAUUUUUAGUGCUUCAUAAAGACGUUUCAGCUUCUUUUCUUUAUCCUAAUAGAGAGUAUCAGACCCUUUACGAGAAUUAGAUCCUUCACGAGUAUUUUCAAAGGAUCGAGCUUCGAAGAGCUGUAAAUCCUGAGCGGAUUCGCGAUUACGCGUAUUACGACAGGAAGAAGUUUCACGCGAGCAAUUCGUUGCGCGCGGCUGGAAGUAAAAGUGUCGUUUAUAAUCUAAUUGAUUUUUCCGACUUGAUUUCUUCUCUCCUCUAAAUUCGCGCGCUCGAAUGCGGAGGAAGGGACAACGGCGUGGAAAACGAAUUGUAACAUCGCGAACGCGCACGGUGACGCUUUCACGCUCUGAAUGACAUGUGUCCGACGAUACGGCGAACAUCCCGAAUAUAAAAUAUUCAGGGCGAUUGCAAUCAGACCACGCACGAACAAUCGCGCAUUGUUGUCGCGUCACAAUGCAGAUACUGAUCCUCCAGUAUCUCGGAUCGAAACCGCCGCAAUAGUCGCGAGCGAGUCAUACUUUAUUUGCAAACGACAUUCCUCAGUGUCACUCCGUGCGAAAUGUUUACGUUUGCAAAUGGGAGUUACAAGAGCAACGUAAUAUAAUUUAAUUUAAUAAUAAUAUAAUUUAAUUUAAUGAUACUCGCGACGCAUGUAGCAAAGGAAAUUGGUGAGAUAGUUAGUAAAUAGAGUAUAGAUAUAUUCGUACAACCGUUGUAACGUAUUAAAGAAGGAACUUACAUAGGAAUACAUAGAAAUGUACUUACUAUUGUACGUACUACGGUACUUAUUCUGGAAUUAGAGGUCAUAUAUUAAUCGUAAUGAACAAGCGCAUUGUGACGAUAGAUAAUUAAUGACACUAGUAAUUUAUAUGAAAUCGUUUUCUCUAAUAAAUCGUCAUUUCUCUUA